AUGAGCAGCCUGGACGUCACCGCUCCCGCCCCUCGGGUGAACUUUGCGCUCAUGGGGCAGCACAUCGGCAAGCGGGUCACGAUUGUGGGCCGGGUCGAGGGCGUGGAGGGCAGCACGCUGCGGCUGAAGACGUCAGACGACGGCCUAGUGAACGUCAACCUGCAGGGCGCCGCGGUGCCGCAGUGCACGUUCCUCGAGGUGGAGGGCGUGGUGGCCAGCCCCAACACGCUCACAGGGGAGGCCAGCUGCUCCUUUGGCGACAACUUUGACCUGUCCAACUACAACGAGCUCUGCAAGCUGUCAAACGGGCCCUACCGCCAACUCUUCAUGUCCUGA